AUGGAACAAGAUCCAUUCACCGCAGGCAUCCAAGAACCACAGAAGUCGAUUACUGAGCAACUCGAGAAGACUGUAUUGGAUUUUGAAUCAGAAAAUCCUGUAGAAAAAACAAUUGAUGAUGGAAUCAAUACAUUAAUAAGCAAAAUUGAAGAAAUUGAUAUGAGCGUCAUUGAUGUUGUUGGCAACCAGAUGUCCGCCUUAUCAAAAGAAUUCGAUUCUUUGAUAUCUAAUACACAAAAAUUAUUCACAGAUUUGUCUAAUUUGAAAACCACCCAGCAAGAUAUACUCAAUGCCAAGAUGGAUGACACCAUAGCCUUAGUUUCCAAACUGCAGAAUACAAUGAACAGUAUUCGAAAGAUAAGAGGACGUUCUCCUUUCAAAAAUGGAAACAAAACAUUCUAA